CACGCGCUCCGAGCAGAUUCACGCGCGAGCCCCCCUCGCUCUGUCCCGGGGCUGAGAGCGAGGCGCGGGGAAGCCGUAGCGGCGCGCUCGGAGGGAGGCGGAGCCGGUGGCUGCCCAGGCUGAGGGAUGUUCGUGGCGCGCCCCAUCGCGGCCGAUCACCGCGACCUCAUCCACGAUGUCUCCUUCGACUUCCACGGGCGGCGCAUGGCGACCUGCUCUAGCGACCAGAGUGUCAAGGUUUGGGACAAAAGUGAAAAUGGGGAUUGGCAUUGUACUGCCAGCUGGAAGGGGUUGCAGGGACGUGGUGUUGACUGCUUCUGGGAGCAGCGCAGGGCCAUGGCAGGCAGGGAGCCUGCCUUAGCCCCACUGUGUGCCGCUGCCAUCUCGGAGCCGCUCAAGACACACAGUGGGUCCGUAUGGCGUGUGACAUGGGCUCAUCCUGAGUUUGGACAGGUCCUGGCUUCCUGUUCUUUUGACAGAACUGCUGUAGUGUGGGAAGAAAUAGUGGGAGAGUCGAAUGAUAAACUUCGAGGGCAGAGUCACUGGGUAAAAAGGACCACUCUGGUAGACAGUAGGACAUCUGUUACAGAUGUGAAGUUUGCUCCCAAGCAUAUGGGUCUUAUGUUAGCAACCUGUUCAGCAGAUGGAGUAGUGAGGAUAUAUGAAGCUCCAGAUGUUAUGAAUCUCAGUCAAUGGUCACUACAGCAUGAAAUCUCAUGUAAGCUAAGCUGCAGUUGCAUUUCUUGGAAUCCGUCAAGCUCUCGAGCUCAUUCUCCGAUGAUAGCUGUAGGAAGUGAUGACAACAGUUCAAAUACACUGGCGAAGGUUCAGAUUUAUGAAUACAAUGAAAACACCAGGAAGUAUGCAAAAGCAGAAACUCUUAUGACAGUCACUGAUCCUGUACACGAUAUUGCAUUUGCUCCGAACCUGGGAAGAUCCUUCCAUAUUUUAGCUGUAGCUACCAAAGAUGUCCGAAUUUUCACACUGAAACCUGUAAGGAAAGAAUUGACUUCUUCUGGAGGACUAACAAAAUUUGAAAUUCAGAUAGUAGCUCAGUUUGAUAAUCACAAUUCCCAGGUCUGGCGAGUGAGCUGGAACAUUACAGGCACAGUGCUUGCAUCAUCUGGUGAUGAUGGCUGUGUUAGACUAUGGAAAGCUAAUUACAUGGACAACUGGAAGUGCACUGGUAUACUGAAAGAAAACAGAGCUGAUAUCAACCUAACUGGAGUAACUUUGCUGUUUUGCUGCUUGUUGCAUGCACACAGGAAUGGAAAGAGAACUUCUUUUUCCCCUCCCCAACGCCGUUUGACCUCUCCCAAGACACCAGCAGCCUGAUAACUACUAAACGCAAUUCAAAAGGCCUUUCUAAAAAUACACUGUAUACCUUUUUGUACUAGCCAUUGCAGUUUGACACUGUUGGAACUUUUGAAAGAGAGAUAAUUGGAGAGGGUUCUUGUUGAGACAGAUUUCCACCACAAAUAGGUCCGUCCAUCCCGUUAUCCCCCCCCCCCCCACCGAAAGCUCAUGAAAAUUACGGACUAGUGAAUGAGUUAGGAGGAUUUGUUGUCCUUAGCUGGGGUCUGAGGAGGGAAAAGACUGCUUAAUGGCCAUUAAAGUCAGCUAAUUUUCAUUGAAAUUGUUUUGAGUGUUGAUUUGUUUUACAUUUUGCAGUGUUCAAAUAUAUAAUUGAUUCCUAAACAUUACAGCUUUGUAAUUACUUUGUAAUAUACUGAAACUGUUAGUCUUAAAGGAAUAAGAGAACAGUGUGAUUUGACAACUGUACAGAUAAAAGCUUAAUAUAGUGUAGCAUUGCUUCAUUUAUAAAUUGGAACUACUUCAAAGAAAUGUUUUGUAAAUGCUGUCAUACUUUCUUCAGGCUCACUAAAAAUACUUUUUUCUGAUUCGUGUUUGUAUGUUCCUGUGGUGUGAUUCCAGAGAGUAAUUAUGAUUCCCUCUGAGCACAACAUUUUGAAAUUUACAGUAAUGUAGUAAACAUCUAAAGUCAAAUUAAUGUGCAUCUUUAAAUGUGGAUUUUAUUAAUUACUUGGCCAUGCAUUCUGUAAAUAUUCUCAGAGCAAAAAACAAGCCAGAUAAUGUCUUCAAAUAUUUUAGUAGUUAUAUUAAAGUGCAUAAAUGUUACGGGUAAGUCAUAAUAGAAGUUGGCAAAAGAAUGACAUGAAAUGGCAUUCUCUAAGCAUUGUGUUGAUCAGAAAUCUUUAGCUUGUUCUGAGGUUUCUGAAGAAAUAUGUAAAUACAUACAAAGAUUGUAUUUAAUUGAAAAGAGUAAUCCUUCCUUGUAAAUGUAUAUUGUGAUAUCUAAGUAUUGUAAAAACAAUCUCAUGUUUUUACAUCUGUUCUAGAAACUUGCAGUAAAAUUGAUCAGAGUUGGAUGCAAAUGCAGCAUGUGUACUUACAUAAUAUUCAAUGUCUGCCUGGUGUUGCAAAUGAAGUAUUAUUAAAGUCUCUGUUAAUAAGUUGCAUGAAUUCUAGGAGAACCAUGUGCAUCAAAGAUGUUGAUAGCUGUGUUAGAAAAUCCUUUUAAUUUACAAAGUAACUUUUUUCUUUGUAAAAUGAAUAUUAGGAAUGUAUUUACAAUAUUCUUUUUUCUGAGGCUUUCAGUGGAAAAGAGUAUACUUUUUUUUUCUUUUAAAGAACAGUUUCCA